UCAUACUAUAGUCUCCUUCAAAGUAGUAGAUAAAUAACUAAUAAUUGCAAUUCUUAUCAUAAUCGCACUUCUCGAUAACGUCAAUUAAUAAUUCACUAAACCUCUUACCUCCGACAAUCGCAAUCAUAUACUAACGUCCAAUAUCCAAUAACAUCGAGACUUGAGCCUGAGUGAGGGCAGAAUGGAGAAAGUGCUAAUGUGUUAUAUUUUAUUAUUGAGCGGGGGGCUAGUUUACUCACAAUUGUUGAGUACAGUUAAUAAUGUCCGGUUAGUCAAUCACAUUCCAUAUAUUCUGGAGUUCAUGGAAACUGCUAUGAAGGAUGUGGAGGCUUACGGCUGGUGGAACUUGAAAAUACCGGACCAUGCUGUUGAACUUGAUGAAAAUGUGUUCGAUUGGAAAGUCAAAGGCCACGUUGUCUUCAAAAACGGCUUCGUCACGUCGAUCCAGAAACUUGACCUCAUUGAGCACACCCUCCAACAGGUGUGGCGGUUUGACAACACAGACAAUACGACCAGCGUGUUUGUCCAGGCAACGCUGAGGAUGUCGGAUUUGAGGUUGGGGUACGACGUCGAAGUGACGUUGGAGGAUGACAGCGUGCACCAUUUCACAGGGAUCUUUAGACACAACACCGUCGAGUUUCCCUUUGCGGUAAUAUACAAUAUGUUUACUGAAGAAUUUUCCGCGACGGUGACAAUGAAUACUCUGCCAAGAAACACCAACAAGAUGAUUUUCGCUCCUGCUACGGCUCUUACGCAAGUGUUGUCACACUCGUAUGACGUGACAAGCGCCGCCGAUGGCAUGGCAUCCUGGGCUACACAAAUUUUUCAACCCAUCCUCUUCAACGUGGCUAUGAACAAGGUCGAAUUCCCUGAAAUCUGUUACAACUGUCCCAUUUAAAAAUUCAGUUCUCGUAACAUACAUGAAGUUUUGAUGGGAGAUUGGUGCUUUUAGUGUUAUUCCAGCAAAUGAGCAGAAAAAGUAAGGUUUCUUGAUCUGGGGCCGUAGCCAAGAUAUUAAUAGUUUAUUGAGAAACGAAAAUUAACCAUAUUUCUCUUGAUACUGGAAUCUUGUAUUCUUAAAAAGAGACGCCGACCUGCAUAUUGUUAAGCUAUGAAGUUAGUGAAUAAAUUAUUUUUAUUUAUUUAUUUUUAUAGGGCGUAAUCUGUAUUGUAAGGCAAAUAUGACCUCCCUAUAACAUCAUUUUUUUGUAUUUUUUUUUACGUAGAAUUUUUAGUACUAUGAAAUAGAAAGGGUAGGUAUGUAGUUUUUGUUCAAUCAAGUUCGUGAAAGGGUUUAAAAUACGACAGUUCCUGAUUUUGUGUCCCAUUUUCCAGUUAAAGAGGAUAAAGUUACAAAAAUAGUUACUUUCAAACAAAAUAUUCUGCAUUAAGUUUUCCAUAAUAACUACCUAAAAGUAUGUUACCAGCACUUAUAGUUUUCGAAAUAUGUGUGGCCCGAAUUUUAACUAGUUAUAUUUAUUCUACCAUACGAUGCUGUAUAGGCAAUUGGGCAGUAUGGGUAACGUAGGAGACAUCGGGUCAGCAAAAAUAGUUUUCGAGGGAAUUACUGUAAUUCAACAUUUAGUGCUCUUUUAUAUUCGUAGCCUGUCCACAGCUUGGCUUCUGAUAUAAAAGGAAAUAUGUUUACAAUGUUAAUGAUACUAUUAAAUAUAAACACAAGAAAGAAAUAUAAAAUUGUCUGAAAUCCCGAUUUAAACGAAGUACCCAUAAAAACGCAAUAAAACGGGAGGGGUUGUUAAUGUACCUACCUAUAAAGCUGUAAAAUUUUAUAAUUUUAUGUUUGUCUUGUUUUAUUAAUAAAUUUAUAAUAUAA